AUGGAGUUGCUAUACCUGUUUUGCACAAGCAGUCCCACAAGCACACAUAUAUCCACGCUCAUCCCACUCCCUCACACCCACCCACACCCACACCCCCUACACCCACGCCCCAACACCCACACCCCAACACCCACACCCCAACACCCACACCCCAACACCCACGCCCCAACACCCACGCCCCAACACCCACGCCCCAACACCCACGCCCCAACACCCACGCCCCAACACCCACGCCCCAACACCCACGCCCCAACACCCACACUCCAACACCCACGCCCCAACACCCACGCCCCAACACCCACGCCCCAACACCCACGCCCCAACACCCACUCCCCAAUACCCACGCCCCAACACCCACACCCCAACACCCACACCCCAACACCCACUCCCCAACACCCACACUCCAACACCCACGCCCCAACACCCACACUCCAACACCCACGCCCCAACACCCACGCCCCAACACCCACGCCCCAACACCCACGCCCCGACACCCACACCCCAACACCCACGCCCCAACACCCACACCCCAACACCCACGCCCCAACACCCACGCCCCAGCACCCACACCCCAACACCCACGCCCCAACACCCACGCCCCAACACCCACACCCCAACACCCACGCCCCAACACCCACACCCCAGCACCCCAACACCUCAACACCGCAACUCCCACGCCCCAACACCCACGCCCCAACACCCACGCCCCAACACCCACACCCCAACACCCACACUCCAACACCCCAACACCCCAACUCCCACACCCACAUCAGUUCCCAUUUCUCACAGUGA